UAUCUAACAAAAACACAACAAACAACAAUUUUUAAUGAUCACACAAAAUUACUUGCAUCAUCGGGCGGGUAGGGAAUAUGGCUCAACCAGCGGUCAGAAGGGUAGAAAAUAUGGCUCGACCUCCGGGAGGGCGGGUAGGAUAUAUGCCCUCACCUCCAGGAAGGCGGGUUCACAACAUGCUUUGUCCACAGCCUGUGCUGGAAGAGUAUAUUCCUGCACCAUCCGUCAGGUGGGUGUGCAACAUGCUCAACCCACGGUGAAGAUGGGUAGGUGAAAUGUUUGUUCCGUGGUGCAGGCAGGUUUUCAACCCGCCUAGUCUAUUUUUUCAGCAACAAUAAUUGUGAACACAAUUGAUUAAUUUCAACUAAAUCCACAUAAAUUUGAACACAAAAUCAUUGAUUAAUUCCACCUAAAACCACAUACAUUUUAACACAAAAUGUAAAUCCUUGAUAAGUGCACCUAAAUCCACACAACUUUGAACAUAAACACACACUAGACACAUCAAUAACAUAAUCAAUCUAAGGCAACAAUGUUUAAUCAUUCUCUUCAUCGUCAGUGGGUGGAUAAUGUCCUCCAAGGAUGGCAUACAAUUCCUGCUCAUGUUGGUAUAACUCAUCCCAAUGCGGAAUUGUGCUCAUAUUCCGAAAAUGAGUCCAUUGUGGACUAAAAUAUGGCAUUGGUGUCACCCCAUCGACAUUGUCGAGAACUAUUCGGACCCAAUGAGCCCCAGUAAAUCAAUGCGAACCCAAUGUUGAAGUUCUUCUUCACCGGACUAACACCAAUCAAUGUGAAAUCCCCUCGACUUAAUCCCAUGAAUUCUCCACUUACAAUUGCUAUCUAUUUUUACGGAUUGCACCAUCACUCGGAAACGACAACCUAACUUGCUUGUUGUAGAUUUGCUCCGUGUUGUCUUUGCAGGAUCAGACGUAUAUGAGUUGCUCCUACUACCAUGGUUGCAAUCCAUAUAGAUCCGCGGAUUUCCUUCUCCAACGUUUCUCUUGACUGAUGCCACUAUCAAGGAAAAACUAUUACUCAUGGCAAUCUCCUUUGCCUCUUUACAAGCUUGAUCAUGGGUAUCAUAAACAUCACUUAGAAACAAUGAUGUGCAAUCAACAUUGUCACCCUCAUUAACUCCGGAUCCACCCUACAAGAAAUACAAGGUAAAAACAUUUAGUUGUGCAACAAUUAUGUUACGAUAAUUAAAUUAUAAAAAAUAACUACUUACCGAAUCAUCCAUAAUAGUUUCCUUGUUAGUAAAUGAUGGCGGCACAAGAUUUUUAUCCUCCUUCCUAAUAAACACAAUUAACAACGAAACUUAAUGAACAUAAAUAUUAUAAUUUAUUUGAAUUUUCAUUAGAAAAGAUCCAUGACAUCACAAAAUUAACUCGAGCAUGUUCAAAACUAGACCAGACCGAGGGACAGGCAUGUUAAAAACAAGAAAGAACCGUGGGUCGAGCAUGUUGAAAACAUGCCAAGACAGGAGAACGAGCAUGUUGAAAACAUGCCUAGACAGGAGGACGAGCAUGUUGCGAGCAUUCCUGGAGGAUGGAACGGGCAGGUUGACAACGCGUCCGUUCCAUGGCUGACGCAGGGUUUCAACAUGCUUGACCACCGGUCGAGGCAGAUUUUCAACAUGCUCGACUUGUUUUUUAGAAGAAAAAAAAAUUGCAAACGAAAUCUUACCUUUAGUCCGAGUCCCUGCAUGUUAUGACGAUCGAGACCGACUACUUCUCUACCUCCGGCAAACUCGCCGGAAUCCGGCGAAAAUUUAUCAAUGUAGAAGAUUGUAGUUGGAUUUUGUGUUGUGUGGUUUGGUUUUAAUUUUUGGUUUGAUAUUUCUGUUUUGUGUUGGAAGAAAGAGUUAAAUGGGUUGGGUUAGAUGGUUGGAGCAUUAAUUCUAGGUGGUUGAACCAUAAAAUUAAAUGAAGGGUUGUUUUGUAAAGUUGUAUGGUUUAGGGCGACAAAAUUUAAAAAUUUAGGGCGACGAAUAGUAACUCUCAUGGACAAUUGGAUGGGAUUGGGUACUUCUCAUUUGAAAUGGGUAUCCAUUUUUAUUUGGAGAAGAAAAUUUCAUUCCAUUUCUGAAAUUAUACGGGUUAACGGGUACCAAUUAUCUGUACGGGACGGAUAACGGGUACCCAAACUACCCGUUUAAACACUAACAAAAGUAAAAAAAAAAAAAAAAAAACAAAAGCCGUCACUUGUCAACAUGAAAAUGAGAUGAAGAGUUCUGUUAAUAGGGUUAAGCCGCCACAUAAGGCGACGUGGCCGCUGACGUGGAACUCUAUUAGUAACAUGGUUAACGGUAACAGGGUUGUUAGUCAUAUUGUUAUCUGCAACAAUAGUUAUGGCUAAUAAUUUGUAUUUCGAUAAUUGUGGCUAUGAGGAGCCGAUGCUUAAUAGUUGUGGUUAAUAUAUUGUAUUUACCCUUCUUUACAUGAGUAAACAAAAUCACUUGAAAAUAGAGGUGGCAAUUGGAUCGGAUUCGUGGAUUCAUGGAUUGGAUUGGUGGAUCCAUGGAUCAAAUGGAUUGGAUCCAAUGGAUUGGUGGAUUCAUGGAUUGGAUCAAAUGGAUUGGUGGAUUGAUCCACGAAUCCAAAUGACAUCCAAAGCUUGGACCAAAAUGUAAAAUUGAAAAGUUUCGGUACUAAAAUGUCAUAAUGAAAAAUUUUAGGUACCAAAAUGUAAUUUUACAAUGAUAUUUUUCGUAUAAAAAUAUAAAUUUUAGGUACCAAAAUGUAAAAUAUAAAAUAUAUAGGUACCAAAUCGUAAUUUGCCAUUUGGAUCCAUGGAUUGAUCCAUGAAUCCACCAAUCCAAUUUGAUUUGGAUCAAAUGGAUUGGAUUUAAAUGGAUUGGAUUAAGUUGAUAAUUUGGUGGAUGGAUUGGAUUGGAUUCAUGGAUUUGGAUCCUAAUUGUCACCUCUACUUGAAAAUGUUCUCGGGUCUUGUUAAUCAACACCAUGAAUAAUUUUUUUCCUUAUCAAAUUUAGGGAUCGCUUGGUUUUGGUGAUAGUUUGGUUGUGAUAAUUACAAUGCAUACAUUCUCCACAAUACACUUUUUUUUUAAAUUUCCUACACAAACAAUACAUGCAUUGUUUGCUUGUUGUGACACAACUAUCACUCAAAAUGAGUGGUAGUUAGGGGUCGUUUGGUUUUGGUGAUUGUUUGGUUGAGAUAGUUACAAUACAUGUAUUGUUCACAAUGCAUUGUUUUUUUGAAUUUUCUGCACAAACAAUACAUGCAUUGUUUGCUUGAUUUGACACAAACUAUCACUCAAAAUGAGUGAUAGUUAAAUAUCAAGUUUUCGGUGAGAUUGUUGAGAUUAUUUGGUUGAGAUUGUUGUGUGUUUUUUUCUUCCAACUAUGUCCCUACCUUUUUAUGUGUCUUGCCUUUGUAUAUUACAAUCAAAGGGUGAAAGUGAAAUUUCACGCAAAAAGUAAUAUAACUUAUUUAAAUAA